AUGCCGGACUUCAAGCCUGGGCAAACCGUCUUGCUCAACGAUGGCCGCAAGGCUAUUGUGCGGUUUGCGGGCCCGACUCACUUCCAGGUGGGCGAAUGGAUCGGCGUCGAGCUCGAAGAGAAGACGGGGAAGAACGAUGGCAGCGUCCAGGGCGAGCGAUACUUUGACUGCCCCAUGGGCUACGGCAUGUUUGUCAAGCCCAUGAUGGCCACCAUCAUCGCGCAGCCCGCCGCUCCCAAGCCCGCCGCAGCCGCUCGCAAACCGGCCGCCAGACCGUCUGGGUUUCACCCUACCGUGGGCAGAGCUUCGAUUUCUGGCGGCGACGCCAAUCUCAACAAGAGGAGGCCUAGCAUCAACGCGCCAAGCCCCAGCCCGGUCCCUCACCACAAGCCGUCGCAAUCGUCGAGCAACCUGCGGUCGCCUUCUAAAUCUCCUACCAAACAGCUUAGCGGUUCGUCGAGUGCUAGCGUUUCUCGAACGGGAACACCCUCAACCGUCCGGGUGCCAUCUGCCGCGGGCAAACCUCGCACCGCCCUGCCAAGCUCGCGGACGUCCAUGGGACCUCCUCCGCCCCCUCAACCUGGCCAGCGAUCUGCCCCAACGAGGCCCAUCAGCGGACGUGGCGGUAUUACGGCCCCCAAGGGUGUGUCGCGUCCCGAAUCUGGACGCCGGACUUCUACCAGCUCUCAGGGGGGACGGGACUCGAGUUCGGCCACCAGAUCCGAUGAGCUUCUUAGCUCACCCAUUGAAGCCGAGGAGGAUGAGAUACUCUCACCGCAACCGACAAGCCCAUCCGCUGGGAGGGCCAAUGCGCUGGAGAGGAUUGCGGCCGAGUCUUCCGUACCUUCUAUAGCGGCUUCGUUAAAGAAGCCUGCGGCGGCUGGUUCAUCGCGGUCAUCCAUUGGUAGCACUGCUGCGAGCAGGGAAAUCGAAGAUCUCAAGGCGAAGCUCAAGGUUCUGGAACGGAAACGGGUUGAAGACCGGGACAAGCUGAAGCAGCUGGACACAAUUCAAGGAGAAAGAGACAAAUUUGAAGGCAUCAUUCAAAAGCUACAGCAGAAAUAUCAACCUAUCCAACAAGAAAACACAGACCUAAGAAAGGCCAUCAAGGAGGCCGAAGCGAGAUUUGAAUCGGUCGAGGCUCUUCAAGCGGAGCAUGACACUGCCCUGGAACUGGCCACCCUGGAUCGAGAAAUGGCCGAAGAGACGUCUGAGGUUCUGAAGAUGGAGGUGGAUGCGUUGAAAGAAAAGGCUGAGGAGCUGCAAUUGGAACUCGACAUUUUGAAAGAAGAAAACGCCGAGUAUAGCAAGGGUAUGACCCCGGAAGAGCGUGCUAGCACGGGUUGGCUGCAAAUGGAGCGCACCAAUGAACGAUUACGAGAGGCGCUGCUACGACUGCGAGAUCUCACGCAAGAGCAGGAGCAGGAGCUCCGAGACCAGAUUGCGAGCAUGGAGGAGGAACUUAAGGAAUUCAAUACCCUGAAAGAGGAACACACCACAGCCAAGGAGAAGCUGGCACAGUCAGAGUCGGCUGUAGAAGACUUGCGCCAGCAGCUAGACACCGCACUGGGUGCUGAAGACAUGAUUGAGGAUUUGACGGAAAGGAACAUGAGCAUGUCUGAGCAAAUCGAGGAGCUCAAGGCUGUCAUUGAAGACCUGGAGAACCUCAAGGAGAUCAACGACGAGCUCGAGAUUAACCAUGUCCAAAACGAAAAGGAGAUGCAGGAAGAGCUUGAUUUCAGAGACAGCGUCAUCGCUGAGCAAGCUAGACGAGCACAGCAACAAGAUGCUAACCUGGGUGAUAUGGAAUACACUCUAUCACGAUUCCGAGAACUCGUUACCAACUUGCAGAGCGACCUGGAUGACAUGCGCGCCUCCCAGGCCGUCACCGAGGGCGAGUCCGAGAAGCUCAACGACCGCUCAAGGGCCAUGAUGGAUCUGAACAUGAAGCUCCAGAUCUCUGCCUCCAAGGCCCAAGUCAAGACAAUUGACCUCGAGCUGCGACGGCUCGAGGCCCAAGAGGCCGAGCAACACUUGGAGAUUCUUAAGCUAUUCCUUCCCGAUAGCUACCGAGAUGACCAGGACUCGGUUCUUGCUCUCCUGCGAUUCCGCCGAUUGGCAUUCAAGGCAAACCUUGUCAACGGCUUUAUCCGGGAGCGGGUCAACGGACAGCCCGAGCCAGGCCAUGAGGAUGAUGUUCUUGCCGGCUGUGAGGCCAUCGACAAGCUUGUUUGGGUCGCCUCCAUGUGCGAUCGCUUUGUCAACGACAUUAGCCACUGCACUAUUGAGCAAUUCACCAAGUACCAAAACUCUCUGCUGGAGCUGGAGCCCGUUGAACGUGCGCUGAACAGCUGGAUUGAUGGCCUGCGACGAGACGAGCUGAAGGAGCAGAAAUGCGCCGACGAACUCCAGCGCACCAUUUCGCUCAUGUCUCACCUUGGCGAGGUACACAUUUCCAGUGGCAUCGCUGCCUUUGCUGAUGACAUUCACAUGAGAGCUCUUAUUGUUCAAAGCCACCUUGAUUCGGCAACUGUUGCCUUCAAUGUGAUCCGAAGCAUGGUGCAGCGGGCUAUCCCGGCCGCAGGUGAAGAAGACGAGCUGGCACAGCAUUUCGCCAAGAAGAUUGAUCUCGCCAUCACGCAGACCAGAAGCACUAAGGUCUUUGCCGGAAAAGCGGUUCGUGCUUUGGAAGAUCUCAAGGCACGAUCCCUCUCACUGGGCGAGGAUACUAAGGGCGCGUUUGAACAAUGCGAGACUUUGACCCAAGAGCUUGCACGCCUUACUCGUGAUAUUGGCCUCGGUAUCCAUAAGCUCCUCACCCAUGACGAGGGCCGAAACGAACCCUUUACUUACGGAGAAGUCAACGAUGUCGUCCGCCAGGCUGUCCUCGAGUCUACACAGACUAACGAGUCCGACCUCUUCUCCAGCUAUCUUAACAAGCUCAAGGUCGCUACCGAACAGAUUUCUGAUCUGGCUUCGCUCGCCGCCGAUUUGGACCAAACUCACGACUAUGAUGUUAGCCCGUCUCCUUGGCGUCUUCGUGCUCAAGAACUCAGAAUCCUCAAGACAGUUCCCGUGGACACUGAGGAGGAGCUCAGGAGACUCAAGGCUGAGCACAACGAGAUUGAGACGCUCGAGUCUCGAAUGCGUGAUGCCCAGGCCAAUAUCGAGCGCAUUGGCAGCUUGCAAUCCGAGCUUGAGGAGGUCAAUGGCCAUGUCACCAGCCUCAAAGAAGACAUUGAGAAGCAAGACCGAGAACUUAAGAAUCUGGAGUCGGAGCGGGACAAGUGGAAGAAGAUUGCUAGCGACAGCAGAGCAUAUGCUGACGGCGCCGAUGCUGCGGACAUGAAGGCCGGCCAGGAGCGGGCUGUUGCCACGGCACGCGAAAUGGAUGCGUUGAAGAAGGACAUUGAAAGCCUGCAAGCGGCAGUUCGUUAUCUGCGUGAUGACAAUCGUCGUGCGCGCAUGAAGGAGCAACAAGACUACGAGUGGCUUUCUGAGCCAUUGAAGAAGGAACCCAGCUCAGAGCAGCAGCGCAAGGCUUUGGUGGUUGCUGAGGGCAGGGAUGUGCUUGGAGAACUCCUCAAGAUGGCAACAUCAGCCACCGUCUUCGACCUCAGUGCCGCGCCCAAGCAGAAGCUGGCUUGGCGCCCUGCCAGAACGACACCACAAUAUCACGCCGCGAAGCAGACAGAAGAACUCGAGGCCUGGAGGACUUGGCAGGAGUCGGUGCUCAAAAAGACGGACAUGCUCUUCGCCCAGGAUCGCAGCAUCAGCAUCGGCAGAGAAAAGCAGCAGGCCGGCACGAAGCGAGACGCUGCGGCCCGGCUGAGAAUCAGACUGCCUCGCGAUGCCGCACAGGGCAAGUUGACGACGUACUCGGGAGACAGUGUGCAGAUUGUUGGGUCGCAGGAGUGGGAUGCUUUGCAGGCCGCCACGAGAAAGUUCGCUGCUGUAUAA